CAUUGCCCAGAAGAAAAGGCAGAAUGUUCCCCUGGGCCCUGGCUGUUCUGUGUGUGCUCUGCGCAGCGACCAGCACCAUUGAUGAGUGCGUUGUCCCUGCCAACCAGCAGUACCUGGUCACCAAACUCCAAAGUGAGAUGGAGAGUUCUGUCACCCUGCAAAGCCCACUGAACCCCAGCAUCCUGAUCGCUUUGAACCUGGCCGGCACACAAGAUAGCAUGAAGGAAACGCUACUGGUGCAGCAGAUAAAAGACAGGGUCAUCAAGGAAGGCACAGCGGAAAUGACCUCUGGAGAGGUGGCCCUCUAUAUCCUUGCCCUCCUCUCAUCCUGCGAGGAUCCCAAGCACGUCACAGCCAACAUCAGCUUGGUCGAAGUCUUGACGUUGAAAACCAAGGACGAGUUGACCUACUUGAGUGACCAUGGCACGCCCAAGACAACGUUCUACCAGCUCAGCCUGGACACCCUGGCUCUGUGCCUGGAAACGGCAGAUGUCGAGGAGGCAGCUCUAAGCCUGGCCAAGGAGGCACUGGCCACGGACUUCUCUGUGGACACUGGAUCCAUGGCAACUCUGGCACUGACUUGCGUGCACAAUGGGCUGGCAAAGGCUGAGCAGACCAGGAUCCUGGAGCUCAUCCACGAGGCACUGGACAAGCUCCGACAGCUGAUCCUCAGGGCCGUGGAGACCAACACCGCCAAUAUAUACAGCAUCGGCUUGGCUCUUCAGGCGCUCAAUGUCACUUCAGUGUCCUAUCCCUCCGGGGACUGGAGCUGCUCACAGACACUAGCCAAGGUGCUCACCGAGAUCUCCCAGGGAGCCUUCGACAACCCCAUGGCCGCUGCCCAGAUCCUCCCUUCCCUCGUGGGCAAAACCUACCUGAAUGUGAUCAGACUCAGCUGCUCAUCAGAUAUGGUUAUGGUGGAAUACACCAUCAUCAACCAGCUUAGAGGGCAACACUUCACCUACACCAUCCGCGUGAGCAUACCCAAAGGCUCUGUGCUGCUCUCUGUCCUGCAAGCGGCUCAGCAGGACAAUCCACAGGACUUCAGUUUCGAAACAAAGCAGACUUCCUGGGGCCUCAUGGUGGUCUCCAUCAACAGCCGUGCUGCCAACUCCAACGACAAGACCUACUGGCAGUUCUUCAAUGGCACAGAGCCCCUGGAGCAAGGUGUCGACAGUUACAUACCAAGUAACAACGAGCAUAUCAAGGCCGUCUUCAGCACGUACUGAGCACGCAGGUGGCCUGAGGGAGGAAGGGGAUGCAAUCAAGAGCAGGAGAGGCCUCUUCUGUUGCCCUUCAAGAUCACAAGCUGGGCAAGACCUCUCUAGGCUGCGGAGAUACAUGCACAGCUCAUCACAGGGCUGUCAAGGGCAAAUAAAAAGA